AUGGAAUCAUGGCGGGCGCGAGGGUUCGUACCGGACUCGGACUCGGAGGACGGACUCGACAGCCAGGAGACAGGAGACUUGAACGAUGCUGUUGGAGAUGCGGUCGCGGAUAUCGGUGGUGCAGUUGCAGUUGUUGUGGAGGAAACUACUGUCCUGGAUCGACGGGAUGAAAUUCAACAUGAGGUGCAGGCAAAUGCCCCUCAGGACAGCAAUGUCGAAUAUGUCGAAUAUGACCGUCCUGUGACUCUUUCAGAGAAUCUAAAUAGUGCCUCCGGGCCAACAGAUCAGCAUGAUGGGAGUAACAAAGCCGUGGAAGAAUUGUCUGCGAUUUCCGAGCACAAGGAGAUACCUCGUGCUGAGGAGACUAUUGAUGAUUCUCACAGGCCUACACAAUCUCCAGAAACAUCCAGCAAUCGUUCAAAUUCAGAAGACGAAUUGCAAUUCGACUACCGACCGUCAAGGAGACCGCUUCAUGUCUACUCAAAGAAUAAGCUCGACAGCCAACCGCGGCAAGACCAGGAGAACAAUGACUUGUCGACUCCUUCAUCCCCCCUAUCGUCAUUGGACUCAAUUCAAUUUGACGAGGAUGACCAAGGCGGCCAGGAGCAACCAGAACAACCGGAGCGACCAACGAACAACUUCCCCGAGGAUUUGCUGCCUCCACUCGAUCUCCCAGAGGAAAUACUGCGGGAAAUGUCACCGCCGGCGCGAAGAUCAUUACGAGAACGCAAAGCCAUUCAGUUGCAUCCUUACAUGUUGGAGGAUGCCAAGUAUCGGACUAUGAUGCGCGCACGAGGCGUCAAGCCUGUACGGGUGGCUCAGCCGGGAUUGGCUCGGCCUACAGGCGAUGAGAGCCAAGGCAAGGAAUACGUUGACACCGCCGAGCCCAUGUCUGAUAGCUUUGGAGCAGAGUUUGAGUUCCAACCCUCAUCACCAAUAGAGACUCGUCCUGCAGAAAAAAGGUUGUCUAGAAACUCCCCGGAACCUGCGCUACAACAUGGUUCUCCACAAUUGGGCCACUCUCCAGCUGGCGUGCUAGACCGGCAACCGAAAAGGCGCAAAUUGUCCAGGCCUCAUCACGAGCACCGAUCUCACACGCGAAAUCUGCAACAGCCAAGUGUAGUAAUCGUGAAUUCAUCUCCCGUGCGUCAAAAUAAUGCUUCGAUUUUCGGUGUCCCAAGCCCACCCCGUUCGGAGGAGAAUGCUACUUCUUCGCCCGCUACAGCACCUUCCAACGUUUUUCGGUUCCCUCGUGGCUAUACACCACCAUCGGUGACUACCAACACAAAAUCGGGACAUGGAGAUACGGCUCAAGAGGACGAUGGGAUGGACUGGUCUGGAGGCGAAGAGGAUGGCAGACCUGUUGAAGCUCAUCUGGAAGCGAAUCCUAUUCAGUCAAACUCUGAAGCCGAGGAUGCAAGCGCAGCUGAGAGCGAGAACGAGGAUUUUGAUGUUAGACUGUAUCAGCGUCGAAUCAAAGGGGUCUUACCGGCGUCGUGGCUGAGAUUGGACCAGAAACAACAAGAAGGACGCUUAACUGCUACGCAACGACAGCGCGAAAGGAUGCAUUCCAGAACGGAAAAUGCAAAGGGCGUUGCACGUAAAAUAACCAAAAGUAACAGUACGACAAUAGCACCAGGCUCGGACACAAAGCUUUCCUCACUGAGACAGCUUGCUGAUCCGGAUUCUGGCGAUGAGGAUGAAGCUAAAGACGGGGACGACACGGCCAAUUCCCGGCAACUACUAGCUAACCUUGGACUUGAACCAUUCGAUGAUAAUGAAUUCGGGGAAGACAUCCCGGAAGACAAUCGGAUUGAUUACAUGCUCCCACCUGCACCUCGUGCCGCCUCGACCAAGACCCGGCAGCCAGGAAAGAAACGACCUACGUCGCAGGGUAAUAGCAUACGCUCUGCUCAUGCGCCUAAACGCCCUCGGAUAAAGAGACAAACAAGGCUUACAGACCCUGCUUAUGGGUCUAGAAAGCAGAAGAGAUCUACGCCCAGCAUGCCUAGAAUUGGUAUCCUGGACGCACCAGAUGUUGCCUCUAGGUCCCGUGGUGAGCAACCGCUCUUUCUUAGGAUCGCCGCAAGAGAAGCACGCUCUCGUCAGGACAAAGGGAGACGAAGUCCUACACGGAAAGUUUUCAACUUCAGUUCGCGUGUGGAUACGGAGGACGCCAACAAGUCGUUGCACGAUUGGCAAGAAGGACGGCUUCGACAAACGAAAUUGCCUCCGUCUCGGCCCAAGACCAAGGUAGCCGGACGACAACCGCUGGCUGUUCUUUCUUCGAACCGGCCAGCCAGGUCUCAGAUAAGAGCUACCGAAGGAGCGAGUGAGAGCCGUAGGAUGAAUUCUUCGUCAGCUCCCCCGUCCAGAGCGAACAGUACAGCCGAUGAGCACGCCACUAGUACAGAACCUCGCGUUCCUGGUCAAGUAGCUAAAACAGCUGUUAACUCUAGCAGGCUGAUGCAACCAGAGCAACGGCCUAACAAAUGGAUUGUUCGAAGAAAUCUGGCUAUUACUUCGUUGACAAGGCAAGACCCGCGGCCUGCAAUGCUUGAGGUAGCAAACCCUCGUGGCAAGCCUGCAUCACCAUUGUCGUUUCAGAGGUCUCUCUCCUUGAUCAAUCGGGACUAUCGGCAUAAAGGCCUACCUAAAGCACGCCAGAGUAACUUGGUCUUAGAUCGCUUCAUCUCAAGCCGCAGCUCAUCUCCUGCUACUGCUGGCGCCCAGACUACUGGUACGAGUCAGCCUACGAAUAAACCGGACGCCCGACCGCCAGGGGCGCGGCCACAAGCUCAGCGCCAAUUGAAGAAGCGGCCGCCGAAGCGGCUGGCAGUCAAUGACAACCAAUAUCAACAACCUUUGAUUCUGGAGUCGACGGAUCCAGAACCUUUCCUACAGAGUGGGAACUUGCCUAUAGAUAGCUCAUCCGAUGCGCUUCAUGGGUUCAAGCCUUCAUAUAGCGUGGCCUUCAACAUAUUUCCCUUGUCUACUGGAAUAUUCUUCCACCAAACCACUUUCAUCGGAAGUGGGAAGUUUGCGCACUCGCUGGAGUUCCUUGAGCGAGAUCUUGACAGAGAUGCUGGUUUCCUCUCGUUUAAGGCUGGGGAUAGAACCUAUCGCUGGGGCUCUUGGAAUGACGCGGUGUCUUCGGAGUUGGGUUUGGUCUUGGACAGCAUGAUUGAACUAAUUGAGAAGAGCGACGCCGGGCUGACUGAAGGGCCGGAGAAUGCUGAGAAGGAUGAUUGUAGCCUAUACAAGUACUUGGUCAAGUAUGUCACGGACACGCUCUCCUUCAUCGACCCCAUCGACAGGAUAGGAUUCGUGAGACGGGCUCUGAGCCUUGUCUGCAAGCUCAAUGAUACUCUGACAACUCUGGUCCCAAAAUCUGAGCGCGAGAUAGGGUACUUGGCAACGAUAUGCUCGUACAAUUCUGUAUUUACGUACCAAAUUCUUCAGAUUUCGGAGCAUGAUCUUGUUGAUGAUGCACUUACCCAGGAGGUGUUGAACUCGUUGACGCGGGCUGCCCAACAAACUAUCACACUUGUCACAGCCCCAUUGGGACAGAGCAGUAUCCGCAAACUGUUAGCAAACAUCGAGUCUCCUGAAAAGCGUGACGCAGGAAUCCAGAGCGACCAUCUUGUUGCCGAAGCCUAUGUUAUUGUCCGACACAUCCUUCGCGGUACAGAUAGACUAAAAGGAUGUUUUGAGGAGCUUCUGACGAAAGCCUACUCGAGUCAAGAUAAUGACUUGCGGCUCGAUUCUUCUGGCAUUGCUCGGAUAGGGUCGCGCUUUUGGGAGGCCCAUGGGAACUGGGCCAUUAUCAAGACACUGCUCCAUCCACCGAUCUCAUACUACAAGUACUGUAGAACUCUGUUCCACAGGUGCUUCUACCUCAUUAAUGGCUGGGGCUGGAGAGACUGCAAACCGAUACUUGACACUCUCUACGAUUUCUUCGCGAAGAAUACCCUGUCCCCUGCUUUUCUCGACGAACUCGACCAGAGACCUUCCUUGGAAGUGCAGCCAGACGACCCUGGCCUGCGUUACCUGGCCAAGAUCUAUGACCAGAAGAAAGUUCGCAACUUUGCAUGGCGCCUGCUGCCAAAUCAUGGCCGCGUUUAUCCCAAAGAGAAGCCAAUACGUCAGGAGGACCUGGAUGCAUUGAGGAACCACCAUGAUCUCCUGUGUACAUUGUAUUACGCUACAAUCAGGGACCUUGUCCACCCAGCCAGCUCUCAUCGUGAGACAUGCAACAUCAGUAUUCGCUCCUGGGCUAGGCUUGUCCGCUUCAAACUCUCGACAGACGAAGCUGUUACUGGUCUUGAACCUUUUUCUGACUGGCACAGUUAUUUUGUUUCCGAAUUGUUCAAGCAGCAUGCGCUUGCGCGCCACGAGGUUGAAUCACAGAACACUGCGGGUAGCAAAUUCUCCGAUCAGUUAGUUGAGAGAACGAUUGCACAGAACCAACGGCAGAUCGAGUCCUUGCUGAAGACCGCGCUCAGCGGCCUGAAUACUGCCAUCCGCUCAGCACCAACAUUGCAGCACGCCCAUAAGCUUAUCUUGGGAGCGCCUAUUAAAGCACUCCUUGGUCUCUUCAACGCCCGGAUUGCUCGUGUCAAUACCACUGUCUCUGAGACGCUCCAAGUGAUUGUCACUUACGUUCAGAAAUGUGAUCCUCCGGCAGCUGAAAAAGCAAGUGCCCCUGUGGCAGUUGAUGAAGACAGCCAAGAGUAUGGGGACUGGGCGGACAUUGCGGCUGCAUAUGAUGAGUCUCCAGUGAUUAGUCCAGAAAUCGAAAUUGUGGGAACUGUCCUUCAUCCUGCCGUGUUCCGGCUUAUAUCGAACUGCUUUGGAGAGGACUACUGUCCUGAAGAUGCGAUCCUGCUUAAUGUUGUGGAGUGUUGGACGUCUAUCGCGCAGACUCUGGUCAAAUAUGGAUUACGACACUGGGACAGCUACCUUAGCCCCUACAACGGCGACUCCUGGACAUCACUCCGAUUAACGAUGCAGACGAGAAAGUUCACGCCUCUCUUCUUGGCAAGCAGCAUUGAGAAAGACUCACGGUUUGCAGCAGAUUGCAAAGUCCAAGUGAUCGGGAUGUGGGUGUCGAGUCUAGUAGAGCGAGUCUCGAUGCUGAAAUACCAACAUCGCCUAACAGAAGCUUUGCUCAAUCAAGUGGUGACGGAUCCGCUUUUGCAGAAUCUGCCCUUUGCCAGGGACCGGAAAGAAGGAAGGUACAUGAUCACUCUGGAGGAUCUAAGCCACCGCCGGGUUUCUCUGAUAUCCAGUGUGCUCUCCAACAUGCGUGCGCAUUUGCAAUCUCUGGAGGAUGUGGAAGCUCGGGAGCUCUCCACUACUAAGCAAGAGUACCGGGAGAUCAUUCAAAACAUGAUGUCCGCUAUGAAGGCAAACUAUCUGGAACUGGGCAACGGUGCAGCCAGCGUCCAGGGCGCUUACGUGGACUUCGUUCAUCGGAUUGUCGCAUUCCUGCAGCAGCAUAGUCGAGACAUCUGCCCCAUCGACCCAUUCUUCACAGAUCCCGCGUCGUUCCCUCUACCUUCUGGUGACCCGACGUAUAUCGUGGCCCGGUUAAAGAGCUACGAGCCGAAACUUGCCUCGGAGAAAGUAGCAAAGACGCUCAUCAUGUUCAUUCAGAGUGUUUCUGAGCGAGCGGCGAUCGAUGGGCAGCAGGAUUACCUCGUCAACCAGCUACACGCAUCUAUGGCAGACACCUAUGAGGGUGGCCUUCCCGACAAGCCAACUCUGAGGGCGACCUUGUUGCAGGCAGUGUUCCCAGCCUAUCUCGAGGCGUCCUUCAGCAACCCAGCAUGCUGGAUUCUAAGCCGGCCCAUCAUCCAGACCAUCACGCUCGUCUUUCAGGAUCUCUUGUUCAACAUGGAUACCACAGACUCUGCCUGCGUGGCAUCCCUCGUGAACGUCAUCCACUCCGUCUUCCAAGCAUCACACACCGCCCUCCUGUCCAUAACGAGCAAUGCCACCAUGCUGAACGACCCUGCCGUAGCAAUCAGCGCCGCUGCCUUCAUUAGGAUGAUCACAGCCGCCUUGCCAAUCAUCGACUAUAUAGACCGAGCAACCGACAUGGAUCAAAGAAUCCUCGCUCAGAUACACGCCUUCCAACACUAUGUCACCUUCGCCACAAGCCAUCUCAACCAACCCCUCUCAACCACGGACCUAUACGAUAUACCCCAGUCCACCGAAGCCUUCAGCGCAGGAGACUCCCUCUCAUCUAUAGUCACGAACCCGCCCUUCUUCCCUGAUCUGCAGCGUUCCGCAGCACGAGAGCUGCACCUCUACCUCAACGAGAGCUGGUCCCGCCAUCAAAAGAAAUUCUACUUUACUAGACGCGGUGCACAUCAGCCCCAGGAAAUCAGCAUUCAGCCUUCUGUCGCUGCAGAACUCGAACAGUCUUCGCAGAAGAUCCUCGCCCCUGUUGUUCAAGAGUUCCUGGAUGUGAUGAGAGGACUUGAUCUUGGUUUAGAUGGCGACGAUACAGAGAUCAUUACCAUAGGGAUACAUAUAGCUUGCAUACUCGUUGAUAAUGAGCAAAGAAAUGGAAUACAUUACUAA